AUGCCUCGGUUCUCUAGGUUAUUUGCGACCACAACAUGGUUGUUCGCAGCCUCUGGCUCAAUUGUGUUGGGCGCAACGUCUGUGACAAUUGGUAAUGGCACCGUGGUAGGUGUUAGUGACCACAUCAAUGGAGUCGAAAAAUUCUUGGGCAUUCCAUUCGCAGAACAACCUACUGGCAGACUGCGUUUACGCCAAGCUGUGCCAUUGCAGGAAUCGUUCGGUACAAUACAAGCUCAAAGCUUCGGUGCCUCGUGUUUCUCCACGAGGGAUAAUUCCACAGAGCAAAGUGAAGAUUGUUUGACAUUGAACAUCUGGAGGCCAACGAAUGCAAGCACCGAGCCUUUGCCUGUGUUGGUGUGGUUAUAUGGGGGAGGAUUGACAAAGGGAUCGACUGCCGAUCCAAGAUUUGAAGGAACCUCCUUAACAGGGAUUUCUCAGAAGAUUGGGAAGCCUAUUAUUCUCAUAUCCAUUAAUUACAGAUUGGGCCCCUUUGGAUUCCUCAAUGGUAAAGAAAUGGCCGAGCUAGGGUUACUCAAUAUUGGCAUGCUGGACCAGCGUCUCGCAUUGCACUGGAUCCAGGAAAACGUCGGUGCUUUCGGCGGAGAUCCUAGAAGAGUCACAUUAGCUGGAGAAUCAGCUGGUGCUGUAUCAAUCUAUUCACACAUGAUGGCAUAUGGUGGUCGAGACGAUGGCCUCUUUCGUGGUGCAAUUCUCGAAAGCGGUGGAGCUUUUCCACUUACGCCACCAGACACUGGAGUUUUUCAAAAGACUUUCGACAGCCUGAUAACAAACACGUCUUGUUCUUCACUGAAGGGUGCUACUGCUACCGAGAAGCUUGAUUGCAUUCGAGAUCUUCCGGUCGAUGUGUUUAGGUCAAAAAUUGGUUCAGCUACCGGACAGUCUAUCGAUGGCACGUUUAGUCCAACCUCUAUUCAGCGAGCGAUUCCUGCGGGGAAAUACCUCAAGAUUGCUACAAUUGUCGGGACCAACACGGAUGAAGGAACUACUUCUGCGCCCACUGGCAUAAACGAGACCCAGCAACUCUUUGGUAAAGUUGCGGAAGGCUAUUUUCGUCCACAACUACUGCCCAACGAAACAGUGUCAACGCUUAUGAGCAUGUAUUCUACCGAUCCGAGCAAGGGUUGCCCAUACAACACUGGCAAAUUCAGAUUCUCUCCCGGAAAGCUCGACAAGAUGGCAUGUUCAAUAUUUGGCGACAUAGUACAGAUCGGACCCGCACGUAUGAUUGCGCAGAAUCUAGCCAAAGACGGAGUCCCUGUGUACAGCUAUCGCUUUAAUCACCUGAAGUCGAAUGCUACAUCAAUUUCAAAAGCCAUCGGAACUGGGGUAGAGCAGGAUUUCGUGUUCUCUAAUUUGAUACCCGAGCAACCUUGGGAUCAACAGAUGGCAUUUCAGAUGUCGGCAACGUGGGUUAGCUUUGCCUAUGGUCUAAAUCCAAAUGGUGCUAUUAAUGAGACUGGACUUCCAGAAUGGCCUUUGUACGGAAACGAGGCCAGUAGCAUGGUCUUCAACGGAUAUGGCUCGUGGAUUGAAACGGAUACGUAUCGAUCCGAACCUGUCCAAUACAUCAUCGAUCACGUUUUAUCAGACGGCGCUUCGUAA